AUGGAAAAUGGAACAUAUUUUUACUUGAUGUUGUUUGAAAAUAUGGGGUACAUAAGAUAUACUUUCUUCUGUUUGGGGUUUAUUCUAUAUUGUGCUAUUGUAUUCUUUAAUGCCCUUAUUAUUCUUGCAAUUUUUCUGGAAAGGACAUUGCACCAGCCCAUGUACAUUCUGAUUUCAUGUUUAUCCGUCAACUCUGUGUUUGGAACAGCUGCUUUUUUCCCAAGGUUACUGACAGACUUGCUGUCUGAUACACACUCAGUCUCCCGUGCAGCAUGUAUCUUACAGGCUAUUGUCAUUUAUUCAUAUGCAUCAAAUGAAAACACAAUUUUAAUGUUAAUGGCAUUUGACCGGUAUGUAGCAAUCAGUAAACCAUUACAAUACAACAACAUAAUGACCCCCAGGAUUUUAUCUGUUUUAAUAUCUAUAAGCUGGAUUUAUUCGAUACUUUGUGUUGGAAUUGCUGGUAUAUUAAAUGCCAGACUCACAAUGUGUGGUAACAAACUGUGGAAGGUUUACUGUCACAACUGGGAAAUUAUCAAGCUUUCUUGUUCAAACACUAUUGUUAACAAUGUUUUUGGCUUUUUCAUAUUGACCACAACUGUUAUCAUGCCUUUAAGUUUUAUAUUAUACUCUUAUGUUAAAAUUCUUAUCAUUUGUAGAAAAACCUCACUAGAUUUCAGGAGAAAAGCAUAUCAAACUUGUAUUCCACACAUAGUGAUCCUCUUAAAUUUCUCAGUAGCUCUUUUUUGUGAGAUCACUUUGAGUCGGGUUGCAACAUUGGAACUCCCUAUAGGGCUGUCAAUCAUUCUUUCAUUAGAGUUUCUCAUUGUACCACCCAUCCUGGACCCUCUUGUUUAUGGUUUGAAUUUUCCUGAAAUUCGCAAAAAAAUUAUAUGGAUUAUAAAAGCUGGCAAAUAGCUAUAACAGAUGCUGCACCGAAUGUUAACAAAGUUCAAUGAUUGUAUGAUUGUAUGGUAUAAAUUAUGUAAUCAUGAUGAACAUUACAUUUUAUGAACCUGUGAAUUUAAAACUUUGUGUUUUACUGUAAAUCUUUGCCACAAUUAUAUAUUUACUAUACAUUUUAUUUCUAAUUUAGCCUGUUACUGGAUUCAUAACAUGGUUCAGACCCUUGGUCACCUCUCACAUACCAAAUAUAUCAGAUACCAGACAUUGCCUGUAAAAUUAAUACAUGCAAUAUUAGUGGUGUCAUAUGAAUACUCUUGAUUAAUC